GACCUAGAGUGAAGGCCGGAGCCACCGUCCUCCCCCGAAAGGGUCCCCCGGCAACCGCUGCCGAAGACAUUUUGGUUCCACAGCCUAACCUCACAGUGUUCCUUACGCAGGCAGGGAAGUAGUUCUCCCUUAACCCCUCCGCGGGCUGCCGCCCCUCGUAGAAAGGAAACACGUGUCUCUCAACAGCGUGAGGAUGAGGCAGAGAGAUCUUACUUAGGGGCCUCUCCUGAACACCCCCUUGGGACGCCCUGGGGAGGGAGGAAAGGGAAGCCGCGCCAUACCCCGCCUGCCCUCUGAGGAGCCGGGGGAGAAGCUUCGGAGUUUUCUUCCCGUGGGAAGCGCUCGCCAUGCUGAGAGCCCUGCAGCGGCGCUGGGAGUCCUACAAGUACCGCUUUGUGCCUUGGAUCGCGUUCAAUCUCCGCCACAAGCGCAGAACUCUGCGGUUUGUACCAGAAGAAUCUAAAGACAAAACCAUUUCUGAUGAAGAUGUCCUCCAAACCCUCUUGAGAAUGUUUAAAGCUUUAUUUGUAAAUGACUUGACUAGGCAAAUGCCUCUUCUAAGCUUUCUUCCAGAAAUUCAGUCUAAAUAUCUGGAUGUACAAAUUGCUCAGCCUGAAACAUCUGAAGCAAUUGGUGGUAAUCAGCAGAGCCAAAUGAGCUUUCAUGCAGAAGAUGUUCUAUUUAACACAUUAGGAUUCAGCAUUACUCGAAGGCACAGUUCACUCGUUUCUGCUGGAACAGGCGUUUUCGUGACCAGAGGAUGUGUUCCCAAAAGGACAGUUGUAGCUAUGUACCCUGGCACAGUGUAUGAAAACUACGAGCCCAUUUUUUUCCAGUCUCUUGGCAACCCAUUUAUAUUUAGAUGCAUAGAUGGGGUACUUAUUGAUGGUAAUGACAAAGGCAUAUCAAAAGCUGUGUACCGGUCAUGCAGCAAGAGAGAUCAACUUGGUCCUUUAAAAAUGAAUGAUGUCUCCUGGCUUGGAGAUGCUGUUUGGAAUCCACUGGCAGUGGGACAAUACGUCAACAACUGCUCAGCAGACAAGGCAGCCAAUGUAUGCUACCAAGAGUUUGAUAUACCUGAAUGUUUUCCUAUACAAUUUAAACAGUACCUUCCCAAUGUAAGCUACAGCUAUGAAGUGCAGAGGCGAUUGAGAGUUGUAGUUUUGGUUGCUCUCAGAGACAUUGCACCAGGAGAAGAACUUUUUUCCAACUACUACACAAUUAUCAGCUGAGGCAGAAGAACAAGCAGCUGAGAACAGCUUCGGACCCCAAAUGUGCUUGCAUUGAAUAAAUGUUGGAAUGUUAAUGCUUCUCUGGGUACUGGAAGCCAACAAUGUGUUCUAGAGGUGGGCAGCCCAUUCCUCAGGUUAGCACGUCUCUAUGAACACUGUCUUAAAGUUAUGCUUUUUGAUGCUACAUGGAUGCAAUCAGCACUGUUCCUCAUCCUAUACAGCUGCUUGAUGCCACGGAAUACACAGUUGGCUGUUCUUCCAACUUUGACAGUACAGAAAAGCCAUUUCAUUAAACUUGGAAUGAUGCUUUAAAAGGCUGAUUGGUUUAACCCCUAAUGCAACAUAAAUUAUGGAGAUUUUAUUUUUCUUGUUGUUAAUGUCACGUUUCACUCGUUGACACAUUUUGGUGAUUGAGAAAAAAUGCAUUGAUUUGCAUUUGCCCAUUAGGAAUUUCUGCACAAGGAUCCAUCACCACUUGUCCAUUUCUUCGCUUUCUGCUAUGAAUUUUUCCAGUAAACUGUGUCAUGUGGUUCAGAUAUGAGUUGUGUUUUUUUAAAAAAAGACAUGCAAACUUUUAAACAAACAAAUGUACACACCCCUGUUUUUCAGAGACUUUAUUGUGCCCUUGAAUUCACAGAGUGUAGUACAAUUCAUGUGAGCCAACCCCUUUUUAAUGCACAUGUCCAUUAUUUGCAAUCAUGUCAAAUAAAUCUGUUCUGUAUA